UGUCUUUUAAAAAACCCACAAAACAUAAAAAGUUUUAAGUAAUUGUCGAUUCCUGUUAAGACAUAAACACAACGUACACAGAUACUUUUCUAAUCAGUUCAAAAUGUAUUUGAGCUUAUUCUACAGUGCUAUCUGUCUUCCGAAGUUAACAUACUUUAUCUAAUCUUAUACAAAUUCAACAAAAAUAAGUAUUAGUUUUCGGCUCUGCCUUUCGUUUCAUCUAUUUCAUUUAAUUCUGUAAACAGUAAAUGUACAUACAUGUAAUUAGACUGACAGUAUUUAAUCCAUAUCAUAAUAUGUGGAAUUGUCUGCAUGAAUAGUUCGAUCCACUCCAUAUACUUUGUAUUGUUUAAUUACAGAUCAGUUAAACACUGUUAAACAAUACUCUGAUAUUCACUUUUAUUGCGGUAUAUAUUUCAAACUUGUUUUAAAUAUGACAUGUCAGCAUUAAAAUACUAAUAAGUUUUCAGCGAUAUUUUCUAGAUUAAAGUGCGAAAUCUUUGGAAUAAUGUCUAGAUAUACGGCACCAACGAAGAAAUUGGCAGAAAAAUGGCGACGACCCUCAGUGUCUGACGAUAUCACGGUGUGUAAUAUAUGUAAUAACAACUUGAAGGAGCCGCGCACCUUGCCUUGUAUGCACUCCUUCUGUGAGGAAUGUCUAUUUGUUCUCCUUAAAUGCUACGAGACACAGAAGAAACUGGAUCGUACGUUCUUCUGUCCGACCUGCAAAGUACGAACGCCAUGUCACAUAUUAGGAAAAGUAAGCGUUGAUUGGUUAAGAAUGUUUCCAAAGAAACACGUGAUUGACAAGAUGAAGGAAGCCAUAUUGGUUGUAGAGGAAAUGUGCCAACCUUGCUCAACAUCAUGGAAGGUUAUACCGGCAACAACGUUCUGUGUGGAAUGUCGGGAGUAUAUGUGUGCGGCAUGUACCGUGGACCAUAAGGCAAAUGGGAAGAGCAAACUGCAUAAAGUAGUUGACUAUGAGGUGAAGGAAAUGAAGAACACUCCCGUGUCUAACAUUUCCAAAUUUCAGUGUAAGCAGCAUAGCUCACUGAGGUACACGUCAUUUUGUGAGAUCCACCAGAUUUAUCUAUGCAACACAUGCAAAGAUAGCGUAGCCCAUCGUCAAUGCCGUGUAACACAGCGACUUAUUGAGGCAACAGGCAACAUAACCAAGGCGGAGACGAAACUAAAUGUUCUGAAUUCACUCAGGCGAGACGAAAGGAAUAAGGGGAAACAACUACUGAAGUUAAUAGAACAAAUUGACCAAAUUCAAGACAAACUGGAAAAAUGUCGCCAGAAACAAGUGGAAUCUUACUGCAACUACGUGAUGCAGGCGAGUAUAACAGAGCAGAAAACAGAAGCUAUAGACGCCCUGAAAGGCAAAGUUGAGUUUGUAAAGACAUACCAAUCACACGCAACAAUCAACAACACCAUAAAUAAAGUGGAAGAUAUCCUUAUAGGUUAUACAAACGCGUUUGCUGACAUUGUUGAUGCAGAUGAGAAAGCGGUCAAAAUGGAGAUAACUAAGGGAAUAGCAGAUAUUGAAAAAGUUCUCAGCAAGCCAGCGUUUGAUGCAUUCGAUUCCAAAUCGCAGAACGAAAUGUCGGCACUGGAGGCAUCGAACAAAGUAAAGCUUGGCAAUGUUAUAAAAAUUCCCAUAGGAAAUAUUACCAGAGAAAGAGAACGAGUGACGGUUACAGUGAAUGAGAAUGUUGUUGAGGAAGAGACGCUGCAUAUGUGCAAGAAGCAUGUUGAUGACACACUGGACGAGGAAACAUUCACGAGACUUGGAGGUGUUCUGCAGUCAGUAGGUGCUAUAUGCUUCAAGACCAUGUCAGCUACCGCAUUCAGGGUCGGGUCCAAGUACGUGAUGACAGCCGCACAUACUGUCAGGGAUAUUGUAGAUCCAGAUAGGUCGGGAAAAUCAGAUUGGUCGUCAUUAGAGGACACGGGAGUAUACCUUACUUUCGCUUCCCCAACUUUAAAUGCUGAUUCCAAAAGGUUCCACUUUACCCAGCUCGUGUCAUUCCUUGACGACGAACUUAAUGUUGCUAUUCUCGAAAUAGUGGAUGUAGACGAUUUACCACCGCCGGUGAUACUUAGCAGGAAAGAUAUAGAGGCUGUUAAAGUCAACGAGGUCGCUGUUAUUGGCUAUGGACAUAAAGGGACUCAUAGCAAACAUCUGGAUAUCAAAUGUCAGUUGGUGACACCGGAGUCUGACCGAGCCACAAAGGCACUAAAAUGGCUAAAGCUGGAGGAAAGAAAACAUCGCUGCAAUUUGUUGGUUAGACAGAAGGACCCUACAGCUGUAUACUGGCACUAUGACGAAAUGAAGGCAUCAUAUAAUGUCACUAUAGAUUGUUGUAUGGAGUAUAGAGCCCAGGGAGCACCAGUCAUUACAAAUUCUGGUCCCUCCGGAGCAGAGGUCCUGGCUAUCGUCACAAGGAGCUUACCGGAAUGUUUCCUAGAUCUUCCGAAGAAAACACAAGAUCGUUGUAUCGAAUAUAGAUUCGAAGCAGCCACGAAAAUGUCAAGCUUGUAUGAAAGACUAAUAACUGAAACACGUGUUCUUGCAGACGACAUUUUCGUAAAAGACAAAAAUUACUUCAACCUUGGGACAUUUGACACGUUCAGUGUAUCAUCUCCUGGUUUUGCAACAAGUACGCCAAGAAGCUCUCAGAUAUCAACAUCGAAUAGCUCUGAUGUCGAAACUCUAAGGACUUCUGCUAUAAGUGAUCUGUGAUACUUAUACACAUACUACUGUAGAAAUACUGUGUAAAAUGUGAGUAUUUCAGAACAAAUAUGUUUUCAUGUGUAAAAUCUGGUAAUGCUGUAUUUCGUUUAUUUUUCUGGUUUGUUUUGUCAUUUAGCUUUCGUUAUAAAGCUUUUCUCAUAUAUCAACCUUUGUGAAUGGAACUUGGUGAUUCAGAACCAAGUACAAUUUGUUUUGGUACGUCAGACCUACACAAUUAUUUUUUAUUCAUGUUUUGUUUGCUUUGGGUUUAACGCAGUUUUUCAGCAGUGUGUCAGUUAUGUAACGGCGAGACCAACACGAUUAAGAGAUAGACCCAUUAAGCAGGGAAAUUACUCUUUCGUAAUACAUUAAAGACUACUGUAAAAUACAUUUGAAGGAACAAAAUUGCCACUGUAUGUGAAGUAGGAAACUAUAAUCAGUGACAGCAGAAUAACAACAACAACAACAACAGCAACAAAUGCAUGAA